UUGAAAACAAGCAGCUAGAAAAUUGACAUUUCAACAACUGUCCUUUUUCACGUGUUCUCUGCUGCUGCGUAUAUUUUUCAACAAAUUAUUCUACAAAAAUGGCUUUAAAACGUUUUAAAACUAAAAAGUCCAAACGACUAACAUUACAGAUGAAACAUAAAAUCGAAAAGAAAGUCCGCGAACACACACGGAAACUUCGUCGAGAAUCGAAGAAAAAAGCCAAAACAGGCAGUAAAAAACAAAAACUAAUUCAAAUUCCAAAUAAUUGUCCUUUUAAAGAGGAUAUCUUGAAAGAAGUCGAAGAAGUCAAGAAACGCCAAGAAGAAGAGAAACUUCGUCGUCGUGAACAGAUUCGAUUGGAACGUAGUCAAAAUAAAUUUGCCACUUUGGAUGCGAUGGUUGAAGAUGCAGAUAUGCGAGGCACUGUGCACACUAUUAUGCAUGAGAAUGAUGUUCCUGUGGAAGGAAAGCAAUAUAAGGCAGCAGCAACCAAGGAGAAUUCCUUGAAGGCAUAUUUUAAGGAAUUCAAAAAAGUUAUUGAGAACGCUGAUGUUAUCUUGGAAGUCGUCGAUGUCAGAGAUCCCCUUGGUACACGUUGCACUGAAGUCGAAAAAGCUGUCAAAGCAGCUCCCGGAAACAAGCGUUUAGUUUUAAUUCUCAACAAAGCUGAUUUGGUGCCAAAAGAGAAUCUUAACAGUUGGAUUAAGUAUUUCCGUCGACUUGGCCCAGUUACUGCAUUCAAAGCAUCCACACAAGAACAAGCCCUUAGGCUUGGUCGUCGUAAGUUGCAUCAAACCAAGACAGACAAGGCGAUGCAAGGUUCGACAUGUGUGGGAGCUGAACUUCUCAUGUCCAUGUUGGCCAACUAUUGCCGCAACAAGGGUAUUAAGACCUCAAUUCGAGUCGGUGUUGUGGGUAUUCCAAAUGUUGGAAAGAGUUCCAUUAUCAAUUCGUUAGCCAGAGGCAAGGCAUGUUCUGUUGGAUGUACUCCAGGUGUUACAAAAGCCAUGCAAGAAGUUGAACUUGAUUCAAAAAUUAAAUUAAUUGAUUGCCCUGGUAUUGUCUUCUCGGCUGGCAGUGACGCAACCGGAAGCCAUGUGCCUGCUGUUCUAAAGAAUGCCCAACGAGUUGGUGAUGUUAAAGAUCCCUUUACUAUCGCUGAGAGUGUUUUGAAACGAGCCAGUAAGGAAUACUUUUGUAAGUUGUACGAUGUGAGUGAAUAUGAAACUUUUGAGGAAUUCUUCGCCAAGAAAGCUGCAAGAAUGGGUAAAUUCUUGAAAAAGGGUGUCCCAGAUGUCGUAGCUGCUGCUCGUAGUGUCCUCUACGAUUGGAAUAGUGGAAAAAUCAAGUACUGCACUCAACCACCAGAAGUGCAGGAUAGCGAAGCUGCUCAUAUAAGUGCCUCAAUUGUGCAUUCAGAUGCGAAGGAGUUUGACAUUGAAAACUUUGAACAAAUGGAAACGGACAUUUUGAAUACUUUCGAUGUUAAGCAAGAAGAUGUAAUGGAAAUCACUUCAACUGGGCCAGUUGAGUAUAAGCCACCAACGGAAGAUGCUCCAGCUAAUGCAGCUGAGAUUGACGAAUCAGAGCCAAGAGGCAAGAAACGAAAGUUGGACACAGGAGAUGAACGUAAACGUAAAGUUGACCCAACUAUGGAAUUGGAAGGAAAUCAAACUCAUAACAAAAACCUAAAGGAAUUGCAAAAGAGAAAGAAGAAGCAAGGAAUAAGGAAUGAAAAGAAAAUCUCAAAGGUUGUCGAUGGUUUGGAGAAUUUCAGCCUGAGCACAAAAACUGAUGAGAAAUAUGAUUUUGACACAGAUUAUGUUAUAAAAGAGUAAUAGCUUGAUUUUCUUUUCUUUUUUUAGUUGUGUGAUGGAAUACUUGUUGCGAAAGUAUUCCUUAGGUUUGUUUAAGUGAAAUUAUUCUUUUAUGUACAUAGAGUUAAAUAAAUACUUUUAUUUUCUGAGUCAAAAAAACA